AUGUUUGUAUCCUGCGUUAAGAAAAUUGUAAUUGUAUUUAAUUUAAAAGAGAAGUUGGUUCUGAACAAGGGCAGAUUGUAUGUUUUCUCCUCUGAUGUGAUGGACUGGAGCAUCAGCAGACGCCGCUGUCAGGAUCUGGGUGGAGAUCUGGUCGUCAUCAACAGUCCUGAAGAACAGGAGUUUCUCUCCAAAAAAGUCAAUGGUGUCCAUGACUUUCAUUGGAUUGGCCUAAGCGACAGUCAGAUGGAGGGAGUGUGGCUUUGGGUGGACAACACCACACUAAACAAUGACCCCUCAUGGGACACUCCCCCAGAUGACUGGAAAGCUGAAAAUCCUUUAGAUGGAGAAGAUUGUGUUAUAUUAAAGGGACGGAAGUGGGGGGACAUUUCCUGCUUGAGGAAAGAGAAAAGGAUCUGUGAGAUUCAUUGCUCUUCAUCUUAAUAAUGCAGAUCCAAAAGAACAAAGAUUACUUUUAUUGCUCGCAUUUAGAUACAGUUAUCUAUCAGCUUUAAACCUGUUUUAUUUCUAGCAAAUGAGUCAUGAAGGGUUAUUGGUGGUCAUGUAUGGUGCCAUAUAAUAGUAUGUUAGUAAAUUAAUCCAUCAUUUUGCACCUUGAUUACUGAAUUCGA